GAAAGGUCGUCUAUGGCGUUUUGGAUCAAUGGAAUCUAUCACUUGCCUCUAUCACCCCAAAAAAAAAAAUUCCCAAAAUUUAAUUGUGCACAUUAGAAAUUUAAAGAGAAAAAUGGGCCGCACAUCAAGAAAAACUAGUCGAGUGGUCUAAACUCGACUCCACCACUGUUUCAUGUAGUUUCAGGCUCACGGGUGGUGAGCUUUUGGGUUGCACUGCUCAGACUCAAUCCGCGGAUGGUUUCAGACCAAUUUCCCGUGGCCCCAGAUUUCCGGGCUGCACUAACUUCUCGAGUUCCACUGCUAAGCCAGGAUGGACUUCAAAGCAUCUUGAAGUCCUUCGUUGGGGAUAAACAAUGUAAAUGCAAGCAAGAACUGGCUCAAACUGGAGUAAAGCAAAAUACAUCGAGUGCAUCAGGUUGUUCUGCCCCCUUUUCUACUCAUAUGCGAAAAAAAAUUUUGCUUACAUCACAUACAUGACAUAAACUAAAAGAUAUGUGUUAUUUAAUAAAAUGUGAAAACUGACCUUAAGAAACCCCGGAACGAAAAUAUUAUUAGAAAAGCAUUAUGAAUAAUUAAACCGUAAGGGUUCUAGACUUCUAGGUUGGUAUAUGGUUGGUGAUCUUGUUGCAAAUACAUGAGAUAUUGCAUCCCUGGAAAGAGAAAUUCAUUAACUGUGUCGUCAUAAUUAAAAGUCAAAGCUGAAAGCCAAUCGGCCCCCUAAACAUUCCUCUUGUUGAUACCUUUCUUUCAGAGAGAGAAGAGUGACAUAGCGUGAAAUGCAUGCGUGGAGCAGCCAUGGUAAAUUUGAGGUUUGAACACUGUCAUUCACAAGCACACUCUCUCUCAUCUCCUUAAACAUACACAGAAUCUUCAAUUCAAAUCAGACCAACCACCACCACCACUAGCUUAUCUGAUUACCAACGUACACAACACCAAGAGAGCGGAUUUCUUCUGUUUCUUCCUUUUGUGUUCACUGUGGUAAUGGAGAACUUCCAUCAACAUUUCUUUCCUUCCACAACACCCCCCCCCCCCCCCCCCCAACCUUCAUUUGUGAACCUAUGAGUCCCUCCCCUUCAACUCUUACUAGUUCAAUUUCCCUGUCCAAUCAUUAUCCGACAGUUCAGUACCUACCACCAAUUGAUAGUGGCUACCAGCUGUGCUUUCAGACCUCAUACCCUCAUUUCCAGAACCAUGCCUCUCAGCCAUCCUCCCAAUAUCCCAACUAUCCACUCCUGGUCCCUCAGCUGCAGCCAAAUCCAGUCUCUGAAGAUCAAGGAGGGAUUGAGUCCAAGGCUGCAAGGGAUGAGCGAAGGAUAGCACGCCAAAAAGGACUCUUUUUAAGCAGAGGUGCUGCUGACUCUGGGUCCUCUUCAAUUUACACAGAUGGAUUUAUCGGGUGCUGAUUCUGAUAUGCAGAACACAGAGCCCUGGAUAUGAAGGAAUUGAGUGUGUUGUUCAAGAAGGAGUUUAAGAAGAGUGAUGUCGGUUGCUGGGGCAGGAUUGUCAUCCCAAAGGAGGCAGAGAAAUACCUUCCGAGCCUUUCUGAAAAACAAGGCAUCGUGCUUUGGAUCAGAGAUGUACAUUCCAGUCAGGUGUGGGGCAUGAAAUACAAGUAUUGGGCAAACAACAAAAGCCGAAUGUAUGUCCUUGACAGUGCAGGAAGCUUUAUUAGAAAAAUGGACUGGAGUACUUCUCCAUAGACAAGGCGGGACAAAGACCAAAACAUGUAGCUGAGUCCUUGCAUGAACAACAGCACUAUGCUACUGACUCUAAAGAUAAUAAUGAUGACAUAACAGCAGUAGCAUCAGCACACAGAUUGCCAACUCUGACCACAAGAACACCAACUACACAAACUCCAUUAACAAUGCUUACAUCCAGAGUGAAACCAGUUCCGACAAUACAAAAUUGUACACACCAUAUACCUUCAGUGAAGAAGAUGAAUUGUAUCUAGCAGCACUGUUAGAAGAUGAAUCAGACAAAGUGGUGACAUUGUGUACGGCUCCUGCUUUUUGACAUGCACGACUUGAGGAUCUAUAGCUCCAUCAACAUUGUAGACAGCCAGCUAUGCCAGGACUUGGGCUUCAUCAUCGUCCUCACGGGGCACAGAGAAGAUGGUGAAGGAUGGGGCGCUUCCGGAAAUUAAUCGUUAUAAGAACGAUUACUUGGUCGAGUGAUAUGCAUUAUAAAAUUUUAUGGAUGUUUGAUUAUGCAGGAAAAGAAAUGCUUCUUGCAAUCAACUGCAAGUUUUUUAUGGAAGUUUUAUUAUUAUUAUUAUUAUUAUCAGUGAAAUGAAUAUUUAAGA